UAAAAAGAAAAACAAGGCCACGGCGGUGACCAGAAAUAAUAAUAAUAAUAAUAAUAAGGCUAAAAUAUGGGAGCUUUGCGUAAUUGUGUUUGUGCUUUGAUUUUAAUGGUGAUUUUUGCAGUGAAGGGAGGAGAGGGGCAGCUGGUGGAGAAUUUCUAUGGAUCCAGCUGCCCAAACUUGGAACAAAUUGUGCGACAGGCAGUUCAGAACAAGCUUUCCCAAACCAUUAUUACUCUUCCUGCCACUCUCCGUCUCUUCUUUCACGACUGUUUUGUCGAGGGAUGCGAUGCUUCAGUGAUGAUUUCAUCGCCCACCGGAGACGCAGAGAAGGACGCUCAGGAUAACCUCUCCCUCGCCGGAGAUGGAUUCGACACCGUCGUCAAGGCCAAGCAGGCCGUCGAAGCCGCCUGCCCCGGCCGUGUCUCCUGCGCCGACAUAUUGGCUCUCGCCGCCAGAGACGCCGUCGUCCUCGCCGGAGGCCCCAGUUUUAGCGUCGAAUUAGGGCGCCGCGACGGCCGAAUCUCCAAAGCCUCGAGCGUCGACGGCAAUUUACCAUCCCCCAAUUUCGAUCUCAACAGACUGACAUCCAUCUUCGCCAAAAACGGCCUCUCCCAGACCGACAUGAUCGCUCUCUCCGGCGCCCACACCAUCGGCGCCUCUCACUGCAACCGCUUCGCCGAUCGCCUCUUCUCGUCGGAUCCGUCGCUGAAUCCGGCGUACGCGGCGCAGCUGAAGCAAGCCUGCCCCCGGAAUGUGGACCCCAGCGUGGUCGUCAGCCUCGAUCCGACCACCCCGAACACCUUCGACAACGCGUAUUACCGGAAUCUGGUGGACGGCAAAGGGCUGUUCACGUCGGACGAGGUUCUGUUCACGAGCUCGCCGUCGAAGGCGACGGUGAUGGGAUUUGCGAACAAUCCAGGGCAGUUUAAUGCGGCGUUUGUGGCGGCGAUGAGGAAGCUGGGGAGAGUCGGGGUUAAGACGGGGGCGGCCGGAGAGAUUAGGAGAGAUUGCAGUGCCUUUAAUUGAUGAAGAAGACGCAGAUUGAAGGAGCUCCAUGUGGGCCUAUCAAUGGCUUCCAAAUCACUCAAUAAAAUAAAAGUCACCCAAUACGACGCCGUCUCAGCGUGCGUGGCUUCGUAUUUGGUUGUAGUUGUAGCCCAAUAAUGUGUAAAUUCACUUGUUUCUUAAUUGUAUAAAAGAAAUGUGUAAUAAAAUUGUGAUUAAUUUGUGUUUGA